ACGUGACCAGCAUGUGACAUCGAAUGAACCGACACAAAAACACAAUCUCAUUCUAUUUCUGAAGUCCGUAAAUUGUUACCCAGUAAUUCAUUGUUCUGCGGGGUGUAUGGAAUGAGGGUCAAGCUAGUGAAACCACGGGAUAGCGUCACUGCACGCUGCUUGUCUGCAGUAGUCUACAGUAACUGAACUUUGAAUCUUUCCUAGACGUACUUUUAAUCCACUUCAAUUUCAAUCAAAAAGUGACUUAAGAACGAGUUUGCUCAAGCUCUACCGACAUGGCCGAAGACACAAGAAAAUUCCGUUAUCUGUUUGGAAUUACACUCCUUUAUCUCAGUUUAUUUGCAAGCUACGGAGAGAGAGGCGCGAAAUCAAGCAACCGCAGACAUAUCGGUGAUAACGAUUUGGAUGUCGUAAUAACAAACGACGGGCCUACAACUAUUGGGGGGCGGACUACCUUAACAGCUACCAUAACUUCUCCUGAACAGAAUAAAUUUGAGUUCUGCUGGUUUCUUGAUGAAUAUCGAACUAAAGAGAACUGUACUAUUGCAACACAUAGUGACACUUUUGUUAAAUCAGACUGGAAAUCACCAGGUUGGAAGGAUGUUGAAGUGAGUGUCAAGCAAUGGCCGAGUCCAGUCAGACAAGCAAGCUCUUGUACUCGUGUCCUUGUUACAGAUACAAUAAAUUGUCAACUUGCUGCAAGUUCGUCAGAGGUUGGACCAGUGAACCUCUCCGUCAUUCUCCAUGAUCCAAGUCAGCUGUUUCCUCUAUCAAAUAUAUUAUUCUCAUGGAACUUUGGUGAUGGCCACAGACUGUCAGGCAAAGGAAGAUAUAGUGUGGUGCAUAAUUUCACUCAAGACACGCAUUACAAAGUAAAUGUCUCCCUACAAGCUGACGUAAGUGGAAGGCAGUACAAUGGGUCAGCAGAUACUAAUCUUCACUUAUAUGUGAGGUUCUGGACAGAUGCUUCUGUCACCAGUGCACCAGGAAGCAAGACAACAUCAGUGGACGGCAAGAUCUAUGUUGCUAAAGGACCCGUGACGUUCACCCUUCUCUAUAACAACCCUUACUCCAUUGUGACAAACAUUUCAACUGACUGGAGUUUUGGUGAUCAAAGUACAAGUUUGCAUUAUACGCAUGACAGUAUAGUGCAUAAUUUCACUCAAGAGAGGGAAUAUAGUGUAUGGGUGACCCCAAGAAUUAUGACAAAGUAUAGCAAGCAUAGCCUGGACUCUAUUUUAAAGGCCAUUCAUAUUAAAGAACCUAUUACAGAUUUUAAUGUUACUGAUCUUGCAACAUCUGAUGCAACUAUGGCCAAGCUGAAUGUGACAUGCAAAGGAAGUGGACCUUUCAAAGUUUGCUGGAACUACAUUGGUACGAAACUAGACCAUGCCUAUGUCACCUCAUCCCCGCCCAAGUGCCUUUGGUCGGCAGAGGUGUGUAACUUCGUGGUGACAGACAGACGAAAGAAGAAUGGUGGCUUCUUAAAGGUCACUCUUUCAAGCUAUGUCAGCCGUGAAGAAGUUGUGAUGAUGAUCCAUAAUACAGGUCCAACUAUCAUCCCUAAGCCACAGCCUCAAAGUCCAGGUGUGAUCGCUGGUGAGACCAUUGCUGCACUGUUUAUCUGUUCAGUAGCACUAUUCAUUAUCCUGAUGUACGGGAUCCGUAAGCUCUACAAGGCACGGCAGCAUGCAGUGCUAGAAACUGCAGACUUUGACUUCCGUGACGAAGACUGUCGUAGCAUUGAUUCAGUCUAUUUAGAGCCAAGGCGUGGUUGCUUAUCAUUUGGAUUUCUGAGUGGGUGUAGGAAGAAGACAGAGACUUAUGCCUUGUUAGAUCAAUGCCAGAACAACAGUAGUAGCUAUUCAAGUAUCUUAUAACCUCUGUGUGACAAAGUGUGGAUGUGUUUUGUGAAUCACUAUCCGUGUUUACAUAGAAAACCCAAUCAAGUUACACUGCGUCGUCUGAUCUAUAGUAGUCCCUGUUACUUGUGAAUAGUCCCAGUCCCAUAAGCUAUUUUUAUUAGUACAAUGGGUAUUGGCUAUUUUUACUAGUCUGGCAGGUUAAGGCUAUUUCUAUUAGCCGGAUAGGUUUUAGUGGAAGUGGCUCAGAUUUCGCAAUGUAACUUGACCUGAUUUUCAAAGUUAAAGUGCAGAGCAUGGUUGGGGUUGAAAUUGUAGAGCAUAGGAAGGCAUUAGAGGAUGGGAGAGGUCUUUCUUUUUGCCUUGAAAAAGAGGUUUAUGGACCCUCCUUAAAGCUGCAUUGUCACCAGUGUACUUUUAUCGGAAAACACAAAAAAUAUUUCAAAAUAUUAAAAGCAGUGUGUCUAUUGGAAGUUUCUUUGAUGUUGUGAUUGAUAUUUAGAACGGAUGGCCUGUUAUAUAUCUCGGAUUAUAAUAGAUUCUUUUGUCUUUAGACGGUUGAGGUUUCCAUCAGACCUCCGGAAGUAAACUGGUGACAAUGCGGCUUUCAGAAAUAGAAGAAUGCCUUUAUAGAUAAUAUCUCCUCUGCAGCUGUUCUUUGUGUUGGCCAUGCAACGCUCCCAUUAGUUGUGUGACGGACACAAAAAAUGUUCAUCCAGGAUCAUCACCAUAAAUCUGGUGUUAUUUUGAUGAUACACCUUGUACAGCAAUGAACAAACUAAAUUCACAGUAAUGUCUAAACUUAUUUAAUCCCCACCAAAUUGUGGUAAUAUAUAUAUUUUACAAAGAGUUUACAGAAUACAACAUGAUAUAUUUACAUAAACAUGAUUACAACCUAAUACAGAAGAAUGGUAAUUACCUAUAUUUACAUUUUGUGAGAUUGUUACUAUGAAAUCUAAAGUAUUAUUUGAAAAUAGAAGGUACAAAAUGACAUUUGGUGUAUAAAGAGAAAAAAUAAUAUAUGGGAAAGUCAAGAGAUUGUGCCAUUUGUAAAUACAAAUUUGAAUUUAAAAAUAAAACAUUUUAAACACA